AUGGAACAAAUCCUCAUAGCGAAUGCCUUCUUCACCACGCAAGUAGUGCUUGACGGAAACGCUGGAUACAUGUCAAUCCUCAAAGGUGCAAAGAAAUGGGUAGAACACCUACGCAAAGCCCUCGAUAAGGUUCAAGAUGCUAAAUGCAGGUAUAUUUGGAAUGGGUCUUUGCUCACCGGGAACGUGGAACCAGACGGAACGUGCAAGGGUCCUGGAGUUAUAGAUGAUUGUAGACCAGUACCUUCGGCCCUCAUUGUAUCGCUCGAAAGACGAGGAGGUACGAUACGAAAUGACGAAACCCAAGACAGUACCGAGCACCGUCAAGAGGGUGGGUUGGAUAGAUAG